AUCAUAAGAGAAAAUGGCACCGUGUGUAAAGGAAGACAGUAAUUCUCGAAGAAGUCUUUCUUUUCUAAGUUACUUGGCCUUACUUAUUUGGCCUCUGUUUAACUAUAUAUGUAAUUGCUUUGAUUGGGAUAAUACGGACGUAAUAAAUACAGCAGAAAAUGAGACUUCUGCAGGUGCUAUGAUAGUGGAAAAUUUCAAUGUUGAUUAUGACAAUAGUCACAAUACAAAAGAUUCGUCGAAUUAUAACUUCGCAGGGUCUGUUUUGAAAGAUCAGUUUCAUCAAUUUGGCAAAGAUGUACAAGACAAACUAGAUCUGCUUAAAAAUGAACUGCAGCAGAAGUUUGAAGCCGAAUUCGAAGCCCUUUUUGCAAGAGUAAAGAAAGUCAAUGAACUAGAUUCACAAGGUCCAGGAAUUCAGAAACUGGUUAAAGAAGAGGAUUUUCAAAGUGAGAAGAAAGCAGUUGAAAAUUGCUUAAAAGAUGAAACGUUCCAGGAUCUAAAAAAACAGGAAGACCUCUUUGAGAGAAAAAAUGAUGCCAGGAAGUAUCCGAAAAUUUCACAAUGUGCUGGUGGGAAUGGCAACAACUCAGCUUCUAAAACUGAAGUGAAGGUAGCAAAGGAAAACAAACCGUGCAAUCAAGCCACAGCUAGCCCAACUGGAAAUGGAUGUGGAAAAAAUGGUGAAGGAUUUGGUGAUGAUGGCAAUGAUCCACCUGAGAAAAAAUUUAGCUGCUUGAAACCACAUUAUCUGGAUAUUGUUGUUCCUGAGAAAAGUAGACAAAAUGAUCAAUUUCAAGAAAGCAGUUAUAAAGAAUCACACCCUGAAGAAUCACACCUUGAAGCAAUGCCUUAUCAAGAAACUCCAGAUUUAAGUUCCAAUGAAAAUAGAUCAGGACCAAGUGACAGCAAUCAAUCAAAAGAUGUGGAAAUGGAUAUCCUUGAGCCCUUGGACAUGAAUGUUGUGACCUUAUCAGAUAGCAAAGAUGACAAGUGUGAUGAUUCAAAUAACCAAGGUUUGGAUAUCCUCACAGGCAGCAAGAGUAACAUGUGUGAAGCCUCACAAGAACAGAGUGGAAAUAUUCAGGAAACAACAACAGAUGGUGGAUUUGACAAAAUGGAAGUGGAUGCAUCAUGUCAACCAGUCUUCCAUAUCCUUCAAAGCAGUAAGAAUAACAGGCAUGAACCUUUACAUCACCAAAGUGGAAAUGAACCAGCCACAGCAGUGGGGAGCAAAAUGCAAGUGGAUCCAUCCUAUCAUUUGGAAAUGAAUGCUGGUGAAACAUCUCAUUUCAUUGGAAAUAAACCUGACGAGACAAUUAAAAACGGACCAAGUGCCUUGGAUAGCUAUAGGCCAUUACCAUAUACAAUCCUGUUACAAUUUGAUCCUGUGUUAAACAUUCGUGGUAAAGAUGGUCUGUAUAAACAUCACCGUGAUUUCACCAUCCUCCGUGUAAUUGAUCGUGGAAAGUUCGGAGUUUGCUAUGAAAUCGAAGACUUAGCGUCUCGGAAAAAAUUUGCAUUAAAGAAGAUCAAGAGUCGAGACUUUGAUCUCAUCGAACUGGAAAUCUGGUCUAAGAUUAGACCAACCCAUGUAAUCACGCCACUAGGAGCUUAUGAUGAUGGCAACGAUGUCUAUAUUUUUAUGGAGCUUAUGGAUGGUACGUUCAAGUUUAUUGGUCAUAAUCGUGAAGCGUUAGGGCUGACUGAAGAAAGAAUUGCUGCACUUAUAAAACCAAUCUUGGAGUGUCUUGACUUGAUUCAUCGUGAAAAAUGGGUGCACGCUGACAUAAAACCUGAAAACACGUUUUUUGGUCACAACUGCGUGAAACUCGGUGACUUUGGACUUGCAGUCAAUUUAUUGACUCAGAAUAAGAAGUACGGCCUUCGUGGUACUGCGCCGUACAUGUCUCCGGAGAUUUGUCGCGAGGAAGGAUAUGGUACCAGCGCUGAUAUAUACGCAGCUGCCUGCCUGGUAUUAUAUUUGUUGACAGGUUCCCAUCCGUGGAAAGACUUCGGAAUGGGAACAAUUAUUUACCAGGUCGGCUGUGGCAAAAUUCCUGAAAUACCAAAUAAUUGUCCCGAGAGAUUGAAAAGAUUGCUGCAACGCAUGCUAAAUCCUGAUCACAGAGAACGCCCGACUGCAAAGGAGCUUUUGAAGGAUAAGUUAUUCUCUAACCUCCAAGAGGAAGUUCUCCAGGAAGUGUUGUUCGAUAUUGAGCAGCUUCAGAGAAAAGCAGUGCGGUCUCAGGAAAAUGAGGAUAUGGCCUUUUCGCCAACCACCUUUGAUGACAAUGCUCCUGGUGUUAAGGAAACAAUUCUCCCUCUGUGAUCUGGAUGACGACAGAAAAAAUGAAAGUACAUGCAGAUAUUAAUCUUCACUUAUAUUUUGAUCGUUACUCAGUUAAUUGCAACGAUUACAUAUUUGAUUCACUGUCGUACUGAUUAUUUUGUAGAUUAUUUACCCGCGAGUAAAUCGCACUAAAAUAUAAGUCAUAGAAUUAGAGAUUGUAGAUGAAUGUUUUCAAUUCAUAACCAGCUUAGCAACAAAAUGAUUUUUCACCGUACAGAUUACUCAAUAUGCAUGGUCAGCUCAUUCCUUUUUUGUAUAACAAAUUCGCACCAUACAAAACCAAUAGGUUUCGUUAAUGAAACAAAGAAUUCCUUAGUAUAUAAAGAAAUCUAUAUAGGAAAAUCGUAGAGAACUAGCAGUUUAGUACUUGCAGUCAAGCUGUAUAAUACAUUCGUAGAAAUUUGUAGUAAUUUUUUAAAACUGUACAUAUACGUUAAUUUUGUUAUUUACGUAAUAUGCAUAUAUCCUCUCAGGAGAAUCAUCUGGUACUUUUCAUGCACAAUAAUUUACUUGUAUAAUUAAAUACAUAAUUUCGAGACGAUCCAAAUAUUUUCAGUGUUCAUUUUAACAACCUCAUUUGGCAUGACUUUAAUGUACUGAGUAAUGCGCCGUUGUUUGACUCAAGAGAACAUGUACAUUUAAAAAAAUUGAAAUACAGGAAUUUAUUAAUUUCUGAUUUCUUUAGCAUUACGUGUUAAUU